CGCACCCGUCCUCUGUCUGCCAGUGAUGCUGAAACUAAAAACCCGAUGUCCUCAGGCAGGGAAAAAAAAAAAGGCAGCUCUGUGCUAGGCCUCUCCAUGGAGGAGAUAAAAGUUCUUCGUCGUGUGAGAGAGGAGAACGAACGGAGAGGAGGCUUCAUCCGGAUAUUCCCUACGCCAUUAACAUGGGACCUUUAUGGAUCCUUUUUAGAGCACAAGACGUCAAUGAACUACAUGCUGGCUACACGUCUGUUUCAGGACAGGGGCAGGAUGAAAAGAGACUUCAUCGCAGGGAGGUCCCGAGCAGGUCUUAAUGAAAAGCUGGAUAUGAAAACAGAAGCUGUAGAUUCUCAUGCUCCUUUUUAUGAAAGAAAGCUUGUUUCACUGGAAUUACGAAAGCGCCGCCGAUGUCAUGGCAAGGCUAGAGCAGCACGCACAAGAUCAUCAGGGAUGUCAGAACCAGCAAAGCAGUCCCUCAAGUCAGACACAGAAGGUGAGGAGGAGGAAGAGUUAGAUGAAGAGCUAGAUAAAACCGUCUCUCUUCCGAACACCCAAGUGAAAAGCAAGCCAAUGCUCUCUGACUUUGUGAAAACUACUUGUAAGGAGAAGUUGCCAAAACAACCUGAGAAGAAAGCUGAAGAUGGAGGAGAGCUAUUUCUUCCAAAGCCAGACUCAGAAUCUCAGUUUAACUUGCUGCAGGUUCUUCAAAAGCAUGGAAACCUCAGCAAAGUCCAAGCUCGCAGGGCUUUCUCCGCCUACCUACAACACGUUCAGUUGCGACUGAUGAAGGAGGCUGGUGACCAGAUCCAGAAUCCUGCCUGGGCUGCCAAAGAGAAUGAGCAAAUGGAGCUUGUGGUACGCUUUCUGAGGCGAGCUGCCAGCAAUCUUCAGCAGUCCUUGAGGAUGCUGCUCCCCAGCCGUUGUUUAGGGCUCAAUGAUCGGCGUCGUAUCCUGGCUCACCAGCUGGGCGAGUUCAUAAUCUGCUAUAACAAGGAAACGGAGCAGAUAGUUCAGAAGCGAUCAAAAAAGAAACAGGAAGAAGAGGAGGAGGGAGUGAAUCCUGAAGGUUUUCAGAACUUUCUUGCUAGAGCAAGUGAAAGUGACCUGGAGGAAGUGCUGACGUUUUACACACAGAAAAACAAGUCAGCAAAUGUCUUCUUAGGAGCAAACUCCACAAGCACAAAACCCAGCAACACCAGUAACCAAUCAGAGAAACAGCGUCAAGGGGAACACCCUGCGGUGGUGAAAAAAAUGAAAGUUAUUGCCCCAAUUGUAGAUCUGCCUGCAGAAGGAGCAUUAAAAGAAACCUAAACCAGACCCAAAAAGCAGCUUUUUCUCAUGUAUUGUGCUCGUUAUCUUUGUGUAGUUCCAGAAGGACCCACAUGCUCCUUAAAUGCUGAAGUGAAAUUACCUCGAUGUGGCCCUCCUAGUGCUUCCUCCUCUGUUUCUGGUGCCACAUUCCAGAGAAGUACCAGUUCCUGGAUACCGGUUCCGCCUGCAGCCUCUGAAAAUUCACAGGUGUCUGGUCACCAUUCACUGCUGGCUCCUCCAGCUGGUCCCAGGGUGAUUCAGUCCUCAUCCCCACUAUCCUCCUCGCAGAGCACAGCUCCUGACAGCUCUUCUGUCUUCACAAAUGCAGUGUCCACUGUGGCUUCUAGCCUUGCAGGGUUACAUCAUUGUCACUCUGGUAGCUACACCAUUGGCCCAUUCUCAUCUUUUCAAAGAGCUGCUCAGAUCUACAGCCAAAGAUUGUCCCGACCAUCCUCUGCAAAAGUAGGUUUGUGCCAUCACAGCCCGAGUGGGCAGCGCGGGGGCUCAGCCAGGAUACACAAAGAUGCGGAAGAUCCUUCUUCUCAGGACAAACGUUAUAGCCCAAGCAUGGUAGCAGCAGAACUGCAGCAGCUGACAGAAAAACAAGCAGCCUGUCAGCGUGCCUCCUCAAGCCACACCAGUCUCCUCACACAGCAGUUAACAAACCUGAACUUGUCAAGUGGUGCUAUAAGCAAGGGAAAUGCAGCGGCUCCACAGAGCUGCCAGUCACCACUCCACAGAAGAGGGUCAUUGUGGGCUGUUCAGUCAGACACUCACAUUGCUGACAAAAGAUCUGUCUCUUCAACAGUCAG